AUGUGGAACACCGUUGCCAGCAGUGGGCUGCUUGUGAUUGCCGUUGCAACAUUGUGCCAUGGAGCGUGCGAAGAACCAUGCCCCGCACCGCCCAAACACUACGCCGAACUUGGCUGCAAACCUAUCCUAGACGAAGGUCAAUGUUGCCCGAAAAGGUACGAAUGUCCAGAGUUGACUGAUCGUGACGGUAAUAAGUGUUACUUCAAUGGGAAAAUUUAUCCGGUAGGCGAAAAGUUAGCGCCGGCCGAUCAGGAAAUGAAUUCUUGCUCACCUGCCUGUUUUUGCACAAAUCACACCACACCGGCCACCUUCCAGUGUGCCAGUAUCGAUUGCUUCGAGUUUCUAGAUGGUGGUUCCGAGGAUUGCAUUCAUCAGUACUCGCUGCAUGGAUGCUGCGCCCAGAACACCAUCUGUGGCAAGGAGAAGCUUAGCAAGCUCGCUCAAUGCUAUCUGGACGAUAAGGUGUACUACGAGGGUCAGCGGAUGUAUCCGGCGGAUGAACCGUGCCGAUCUUGCCAGUGUAAACCGGGCUUCGACAAUAGCACGAUCGUUGACAAUCCCAACUGCUACGAAAUUCAGUGCGGGCUGGAACUACACGCCGGCGCUCGGCUGGCGAUGGGUUGCAUACCGAUCUACUUCGGAAAUCAUCGCUGCUGUCCAAUCUCGUGGAAGUGCCCAUCCGACAAUGAUGAGGUGAUCGUUGAGGGGCGCACGGAGCAAACGGAGGUGCCGGAACCGAACAUGCAGUGUAAGUUCGGUAAGCUGACGCUGAACAAGGGUGAUGGCAUUACGAGCGAUAAUCAGUGUGUCGAUUGCAAGUGCACGGUACCACCGUUGGCCCACUGCAUUCAGCGGGCCGAUUGUUAG